GCAGUGCAUGGUUCUUUUAUGUCUUGUGCACCAAUUUGGGAUCAUUCACUCAUCAACACAUAUCGAUAUCUUUUGCUUCGUCUCUUUCAUCGCCUACGCUUCAUUUGAAUCAACACUCCUUCCUCUUCCUCUUUCUCGUCCAUUUUAGUUCAAUCUUUGAAUUCUCCUCCUUAUCAAGUCUUCCUCAUCUUCCCCACCUUUUUGAAAUUUUGGUGUCUAAGAACAUAACCUAAAAGCUCAAGGUGAGUGAAAAGAAGAUGUCAGGUGUGUCUCUAGCAGUGUCUCAUCCACCGGCAUCAGUGGGAGAACAAAACGUGCCUCAAGCAGGCACAAAGCCUAAACCGCGAACAGAACAGGCACCAAUUGGUGGCAUGAUGGGUUCACUUCGCGUGAUAGAGCUUCAGCUUGUCGCUUUCAUCUUGGUGUUCUCAGCAAGUGGCCUUGUCCCACUCCUUGACCUAGUGUUCCCUGCAUUUGCCUCUGCAUACAUCUUGGCACUCUCGCUAUUCGCAUUUCCAUCGUCAUCUUCUUCUUCAACGCGUUCGUUACACGACUCGGGGACUGAGAUCUUCAAAGGGGGCAGAUUGUUCCGAAUGUAUGUCGUUGUUGGGAUCACUGUGGGACUCUUCUUGCCGCUGGCUUACGUGCUUGGAGGGUUUGCAAGAGGGGAUGAGCAUGCUGUUCGUUCUGCCACCCCGCACUUGUUCUUGCUGUCGUUUCAGAUACUUACUGAGAACAUCAUCGGUGGGUUGUCUAUGUUUUCCCCACCGGUGAGGGCGUUGGUGCCGAUGAUCUAUACAGUGCGGAGGAUCUUUGUGGAUAUUGAUUGGAUUCAUGAUGUCUGGCUCAACAAGACUCUGCCUGUCAAUGCCACAUUUCAGGACCUGGCAUGGUAUUGGUUCGGGAAGGGUCUGGCAGUGGCAAAUCUGGCUUAUUUCUCCAUCAAUCUGUUUGGGUUCUUGAUACCCAGGUUCCUUCCAAGAGCUUUUGAGAGGUAUUUCCAAGACAAGGGAGAGAUCUAUGCUAAGUCUGCAGAGGAUAAAAGACCUGUGGUUGUCAACAAAACUCAAUUAUCAGAAAAGAAAGAUUAAUUACAGAGCUAUAACCAAUGUGACUUCACUUACAAUUUGAAACACUUUCAGCAUUCUUUUUUUCUUUUCUUAGAAAAUGGUAAUGAAUGUGUAUGAUGAUGGCUCUCCGUUACAUUAUGAAACUACAUAUGGUUUUUGGAUUAGUUUUAUGUGUCAUACAGGUUAAUUUAAAAUUUGGAGAUUUCUUCGACUC